AACAAUCAGAGAAUCAUUUUCUGCUUAGUAGUACACAGGUGCACUAUCGAAUAAUUGUAAUUCUUAACUCUUAUUUGCUUUAAUUUCUUAAGUGAUUAUCUAAUGUGAAGUGUGACGCAAAACAUUAUUACAAUAAGUGAUAGAUUGCAAUUCAGUUGAUUUGAGUUUAACGAGUCUUGAAACAGUCAUCGAAUUAUGGUUUAUUUCCUCGAUGCUGUUGGAUUGCACUACAGGAGCCAUCUUUAAUUUUAAACGACCUUGAAACUCAUUUCACGACCAGGUCGUUUUUCGUUAUAUUAGAAGCUUUGCUCACCUGUGAAAAACAGAAUCGGAUCUAGUGUGUGAAACAAAAAGUGCAAAUGAGAAUGCCUCCUUAGUAAUCUGUGUGUUUAAAACAUACUGUGGAAAGCAUACACAUCUACUAUUAGUACCUUGGGAACUGUCGAGCAACUGAUAUCAAAACGUGAACGUGUACGCACGCUAAUAAGACGCUGUUAAAAUGAUCAAUAGUUUUAACAGCCAGCCUAAAAACUUAGCCGAUAUCAUUGGCGGUCAGAUGGGUACAUCGCAAGACCAGCAGCAUAAUGCUGUACCAAAUAUUGGAGUAAAUGGCAAUAAUAAUAUUAAGAGCUACGUGAAUAAUAACACUGCUAUUGAUAAUAGGAAUUACAAUUUGAAUAGUCAUCAAACCAAAAAUUCUGCGUCGCAUGGUUUUACCUUGGAAGAAAGUAUCAAUUUGUACAAUUUAUAUUCAAGCGGGGCCAGUAGUAGUCAUGCAAAAGGCGAUUUGACCAAAGAGAAAAGUACUGUUGCAACUAUCGGAGAAAUUCACAGUUCUAAAACUGAUCAAGGUCUUAAAAAGGCAUUUUCAGGUGAUGAUCAAAGCAGAAAGAAAUAUGAUUUACAUACCCAGCAUCACAACUAUUCCAAAUCAUAUGAUAGUUUGUUAGCUUCUAAGUUGCUCCAAUCUGAUAAUAGCAGCAGCAAUUCAUCCAGUGAUGAAGAACUGGUACCUGAAGAGAAUGACAAUCCUAUCGAUAUAAAAACUGGAAUCAAUAAUGUCAAAGUAGAAUCAGUAGAGCUCGGCAAUGAUUGUCCGAUAUCGGUAACUGAGAAUUCUGCGACACCUGAUCAUCAUGCAAGACGACCGAUGAACGCAUUCUUAAUAUUUUGUAAACGACAUCGGGCCAUCGUUCGUGACAGACAUCCGAAUUUGGAAAACAGGUCCAUUACAAAAAUUUUAGGUGAUUGGUGGGCCAAUCUGGAUAAAGAACAAAAAUCCAGCUAUACGAAUCUCGCCAAACAGUAUAAAGAUGCCUUUUUCAACGCUCAUCCAGAUUUUAAAUGGUACAAAUUACCGGCACCUCCAUUGAGACAUCCAGGCUUUCCCAGACCGAUUAAAGCGGAGCAGGAUUUAUUUACUAUCGAUUCCGAACAUAAAGAUGGCCUUUACUAUAAACCGCUGACACAAAAGGAUGACGAAGAAGAAAAGGAAGGAUCGAGUGUCAAUUACGGAUUUGACUCGACUAGCACAAAUAACGAUCAUAAUUCAACUGGUGCUACUGAUCAUGAUUCAUCGACAUUAGUUACGGGAGAUUUUAAAGGUGAUAUAGAAGUAAAAGAAACCCAAAUGGGUGUCUUCAAGUUAGCAGAUGAAACACAAAUGGGAGGAUUAAACAGUUUGAUGAAAGAAUCAUUCGAUGCAAAAUCAAGUGUUAUGGAUCCUCUAUCAUAUCAGCAUGACCCGGAUAAAAACUAUCUACUUUUUGAACCUGUUUCACCAAAAACUAAAUCCACGCUAGAACCAUGUAUAAACAUGAAAAACCAUUUUUAUUCCAAACGUCCUAACGAUGCUAGUCGUCGUGAGAUGAGUGCCUAUGAUACUAAACGGUUUAAGACAGCUUUCGAUACGAUGCACUACGAAUAUUACGAAGACGAUUGUACGAGAAAGACUGCGCGUGCCUGUAAGGGCAAGCGUUAUCAGGAAUUUAUGACCCUUACAAAGUUGAAUUCCAGCUCUAAAAAGACUAUGAAAAGUGCCACCGUCGUCCGAGAGGAACAACCACCGGCUGAGAUAGUUACCGUUGAUGUAAAGACAGAACCAAACAGUAUCAACCAAGAUUUCAUCCACCUUGAUUCGAGCAACGUCCAUGAAAACUUGCUGGAACCGUCAGCCAGUUCAGCUACAAUAGUCAAGGAUGAACCCAAACACUUUGACGUAUCGGAGUUCGACUUGGACAGGAAAAUUAACGAAUUGCCAGGACUCGAUCUAGAUGAAUAUCUUACUAAGAAAAAAGAUACUAAGAAAAAGAAGAAAAAAAUCAAAGGAAAAUUCAAAUCAACUGUAAAACCUCGCAUUGUUGUUAUCGAAGAAAAGGAGAAAAUUGUUGGAAGUCGCAAACGGAAAGCACGCAAAGAGAACAUCACUCGUCGGAAUGUGGAAGGUCCCAUCGAAAACGGUCUGUCUGAUGGAGCAAACGCACUGUUUGCCCUCGCUACACUUGCAGAAGUGGCCGCUAAUGAGAACCAUAUCGAAGAUGGUAAAAUCGUCUAAGUCAGAAAAUACUAGAGGGUUCAACAUUGCUUGGGAGUUAUUUUGCAGUCAUCUUCAACAAUGUUGAAAAAUAGCCAGUGUUAAAGUACAGAUAGCGAUAUCUAAUAUUUUAAAAUAAGACUUUGUUCUUUUCAAAAUAAUUGCUAUGAGCAUUAGAGCUAUUCGCGUUCAACGCAUCUUUAAAAAACUCUUAAGUAUUUAGAAUGUUUCAAUGAGAGAAAAAUAACGAGCACUUCGUUAAUAUAUUUUUAGAAUUGAAUAUCGUUGAUCUGUUAUAAGUUAUAAUAUCUUUCAAAAAUCGAAUGGGAAGAAAGGAAAUUUUUUCAAAAUCCCUUUGAAAGUCAAAUUUACAAAAAAUAAAAUCUUUUAUUUCCAAAUGAUAGUAUUGCGUUACGAUUAUUAUUCAGCAGAUAAGUUUUGAUUUUUUAUUGUAAAAUGAAUAAUCUGAUAAAUCACAUUUUUAUUUGGUUUUCUUUAGCGGUAAUUUAUGGAUUCUUUCCGUUGUUUAUUGUCUGCAUGAAUAUAAAAGAUGAAGAAAAAUUAUAUCGAGCAAGGAAAUGUUAUGAAAUUAGGCAUCAUCUAUGCGUUUUGCUGUAAUAGAGUAUAUAUUAUUCGUAACCACUUAUGUUAUACUAGAAUAUGUUCACUCCUGGUUUUACUUAUUAAAAAUUGUUAAAAUAAAACUAUACUUUUCAAUAUGAACUAAAAUAAAA